CUCUCACAGUAUCUCAGCUCAGCUUUUGCUUUAGAAUUUUGUCGGUUUUCUAAACAACUAAAAUGUUUGCAAGGCUGGGAAUGACACGAUGUUUUCGAUAAUGAGGCAGUAGCUGUUUUGUUGUUUGUGUGUAAAGCAGGGUUGCUAAAGAUAACGUGGUAUGUGAUGUAUUUGGUAUAGAAUAGGGCAUCUCAUUCUGAAUAGUAAACAUCCCAGAACUACAGAAAUAACGUCACACUACAGCGCUACGUCCUGAAGAUUUCUUACUUUUACCCAACAUGUCCUGUUUCGACUCCGUUUCUAGAUAUUCCUCAGUCAUUUGAAACAAGUGAUAGAUUUGGUCAGAUAUAUCAUUUCGGCGCUAACAGUACAAAAUUGACAGCCAAACUACAUACAAAUUGUCCUGAAUCCAACAAACAGAUUUCGACUUCAUCACACAAUACGCUUUCUCUUUCCCUUGUACAUUUUUUCAACAUACCAAACUUGCAGAAAAUUACAGUAGAUCAGUCGGGACAUCGAAGUUGAUCGAAGUAUCAAUAGCAAUGCUUUAAAAGAUGCCAACAUGUACAAUGAACCACAAAGCUGAGACGUGCUUUUCUGUUGUAUACUCUGGCUCUGUACUGUCAGACGGGUUAAGAUGUGCAGCUGGUGACUGAUUCGAUAUUUGAUUUAUUUGACUAUUCACGGUUUUAACUUUCCGUCUCAAAAUAUUAAGACCCUCAUACGUGUCCGUCAGUAACCCACAAUUAACACGUCUACAGACAUAUGGUGCGCGUGAAUUGACGGAUUGCGUCAAAUAUUGACGUCAAAAAGUCAUAUUUACGUCAAGAUUCCAUUCUGAUCGUCAACUGGAAAAUAUUCCAGAUUCCCGGGGUCUUGUAGAGGCUACUGCGCCUUUCCGUGGAACACAUCGGGCGACAAGAUACCACUUGUCUCCUACUAUCUCCCGCUACAAGCCUGUGUGGUGUAACUCCUGAUCAUACGGGACACUCGGAGUGAGUGAGCGGCGUCAGGGUUCAGCGCCUGGCGACAGCCAUUGAUCGGCUCGGGCGAGACACCGAGCCCGCCACGCUCUCGGCUCGUCCAUCAGGCCCGCUUGGCUGCGGCAAAGGGUCACCGUCACUCCAUAUAAACUCCAGGCGAGCUCCUCAUCAGGAGACAAAGCUGCAAAGAUGCUGGUGGAGCUGCUGACUGUCCUCGUCCUGCCCUGUGUCGCGCUCCUGCUGUCCUGGAAGCUCUGGACGCAGUACUACACCUGGUCCGACACCGACACCGGCUCCGACCUCCCCCUGCCGCCGGGAAGCAUGGGUCUACCCUUCAUCGGAGAGACGCUCAGCCUCGUGUGGCAGGGAGGCAAAUUCAGCACCAGCAGACAUGCGCACUACGGGGAUGUGUUCAAGACGCACAUCCUGGGCCGGCCGACCAUCCGUGUGCGAGGUGCGACCAACGUGCGCAAGAUCCUGCUGGGGGAGAACCACAUCGUCACCAGCCUGUGGCCGCAGACGUUCCGCACGGUCCUGGGCACCGGCAACCUGGCCAUGAGUAACGGCGAGGAGCACAGGCUGCGCCGGAAGGUCAUCAUGAAGGCCUUCAACUACGAGGCGCUGGAGAGGUACGUCCCCAUCAUGCAGGAGAUCCUGCGCGAGUCCGUGCUGCGGUGGUGCGGCGCCCCGCAGCCCGUCACUGUCUGGCCCAUGGCGCGAGAGAUGGCGUUCCGCGUGGCGUCCGCUGUCCUGGUGGGCUUCCAGCACAGCGACGAGGAGAUCCAACACCUCACCUUCCUCUUCACCAACAUGGUCAAGAACCUGUUCUCUCUCCCAGUCAAGCUACCCGGAAGUGGGCUCAGCAAUGGGCUGUUUUAUCGAGAAGCCAUCGACAAAUGGAUGAUGAACCACAUUCAGAGGAAGAAGGAGUUUGUGAUGCAGGGAGGUGACAGCGGAGACGUCUUAUCGCACAUCAUGAACACCGCCAAGGACAACGGCGAGAAGCUGUCCGACCAGGAGAUCCAGGACACGGUGGUGGAGCUGCUGUUCGCCGGGCACGAGACCACGUCCAGCGCCGCCACCUCCCUCAUCAUGCACCUGGCGCUGCAGCCGCGGGUGGUUCAGAAGGUGCAGGAAGAGCUGGAGAAGCACGGGCUGCUGCAGCCGGACCAGCCUAUGAGUCUGGAGCAGGUCGGCAGGCUGACGUACGUGGGGCAGGUCGUCAAGGAGGUGCUCAGGCGACGCCCACCCAUUGGGGGAGGCUACCGCAGAGCGCUCAAGUCUUUCGAGAUCGGCGGCUUCCAGGUGCCCGAAGGAUGGGCGGUGCUCUACAGCAUCAGAGACACCCACGAAGCCUCCCAGAUCUUCUCCUCGCCUGAACUGUUCGACCCUGACCGCUGGACCGCCGAGACAUCCCAGGCGCCCCUGGCCCGAUACGAUAUGGUGACGUUCGGCGGGGGACCACGAGCCUGUGUCGGCAAGGAGUUCGCCAAGCUCCAGCUGAAGCUUCUGUGCGUGGAGCUGACAAGAAGGUGCCGCUGGAAGCUGACAGAAGAUAAGGCACCGGACAUGAAGUUCCUCCCCAUCGUGUAUCCAGCCGACGGGUUACCUGUUAUCUUCACCCCCAUUGGCGGAAAGUCACAUGGUGACAAAAACAAAAAUGGCGUCCUGCAUGAGAAGGAGAGGACAAAUGGCAAGGACUCUCCCGUUCUAUGCUCGGUGUCGUUUGAAAAAGACAUUAACGUCGCGAUUUAAAGAAACUGAAAGAAAGAACUAAGCACAUCAUCUUGCCAUAAGGUCCUGACAACCUUCAGGAAACUGACGAGUUGACAAUAAUUGCAAAGGGUGAUUACAGAGUGACCGAUGGUUCAAUUGUUAAACCGGAAUACAGGGUCAAGCACGACAAAUUAUAUUUGCAGUACAAAGUAUAUCAAUAUAAAAGUAAACAUCAAUACAAAGAUAUAAGAAUAUAUACAUGUGUAGACGAAGUUAACGUUCUUAUUCAAUACUACUAAUUCGGUGCGAAAUCUAGUAUUUGAGAAUGUGAUGUUAAACAUUAGUUUUUGAGAAAAGACAUAAAUUGAAAUAUUCUGAAACAUACUUCCAGCAUGGUCUAAUGAAACUGUUUACAUGUAAAUAUACAAAAGGAACUCUUAACUUUUAAGCUUUGAUCGUCAGUAGUAUGUUGUGGAUGUUUGAGGGGGAACAUUGCUACUAGUAGCACACACAGAGAUUUGCCAUAGUACAUAGACCCCUGCAUUUUAUUCCGAAAAUGGCGUAGCUGUUCUAAUUCAUGGUAUCAGUCACGUUAUCUUAUUCGCUAGGAAUCUAACUACUGUAUGGCGUUUUUGUAAAUAGCUUCAUCAGUCAACUAAAGCUUAAGUUCUUUCCACACUAAACCAUCCCUGAUGAAGGCAGCUGACAAAUUUCUGUUGGCAGGUGAGAAAGAAUUGGGUCUGUGGGAAAAAAACCUUUACUGCUAACAUUUUUGCUUUACAAACUCAGCUCAAAGCUAAUCUUGACAGUAAAAAUGAAUCCUAUAUUCUACAAGAGGUUGUUGGAUUAUUUAUCCUACACAACAUGUUGCCAACGUAACAUAAUGGCUGCGUAUUUUAUCUACUGUAUCAAUGAUGAUAUAUAUGCUAACUCCGCCUGUACAAUAGAACUCACUACACAAUACUACUUUGGCAUUGUGGAAAGUUGAUUUUACUAAAGACUGUGUCUAUUUGGACAGUGGAAUAAAUAGGUACA